UGGAGGGAGGAGUGGGGUGGUGGGUUACAGUCCUGGAAUGUGCGCGCGCUCCCGACUCUCUCUGUUCUCGUUCGGCCGCACAGACGGAGGCGUGCGCGCGCGCAGCCCGCGACAGGUCUGGAAGUGCGGGGAGUAGGAAGAGGCUGUUGGAGAGGGGAAUGAUGGCGGUGAGCGAGAAGAAGGGACAACUUUGUUGUUGUAAAAUUGGAACGUUGUAGGCGAUUUUUCGGCGCCUAACACGAUGAAGCUAGUAGGAGUUUAUCUUUAGAUGACUUCACUGUGACCGUUUAAUUGAGACAACUGCCCCAAAGAAUCUCCGCCGGACCUAAUGGCACCGCUUGCGUGAAGUGAAGGAAUAACGCUACACCUUAAUCAACAAACUGCAAGAGUCUCUUCAGAAGCGCCUUUUCUAACUGGGAAGCAGUGAUAAACAAGGAAAAAUGAUCAAAACGGAAUCCAAAGGAGGCGAGAGGACCCUGAGGAGCGCGUCCCCGCACAGAAAUGCGUACAAGUCAGACUUCCACGCAAUUAAAUGCUCAUUUGAUGGGUCAAAAUCAGAGGGGGCUGCCAAAUCUUAUUCAAAUGGAUCCAGUGACACCCGGGAGGCCUCAAGGGGGAGACCUUUUGGGACCAGAGUGAACAAGAUAAAGAACAUAUUCCUACAGAUGGAUGGUCAGCAACAGGAGGGCCAAGAAGCAAAAGUGACUUUAAAGUCUGAUGUGUCCCAAGUGUCCCCAACCAAGCUGCAAUUUCCAGUCAACACACAGAGAGUUAACUUCAACAGUGCCACAAGUACCGAAUCACACAAUUUAGAUAAAACACCGAAGGGGGAGGAUGUUGAGAUUGACAAAGUGGCUUUGGCAGAGAAGUUUUCUGUGACCAGGAAACUCUUUGAAAGGGGCAUCAAAGAGCAGCCUGCAGUUGACAAGCAGUCUCCAAACAGAGUAGUCAGUCGUCUGUCCCUCGGAAGUGCUUCUGAUGAGGGGAAAAGCACAAGGAGAGUGUCAGGAUCCUCUGAAACCACUAUCAAACCAGAGCAGUCUCACACAUCAACAGUUAAAUGUCAACCAGAUGAGAAGACCGAUGGUGAGAAACGGCAUAUGUCUAGAGCAACACUGAAUGCAGGUCCAAUCUCCAAGAGGCUGGAGAGUUACAUGGUUGAGAAUGACUCAGUGGACAACAACACAGCUGAUGCAAAAGGGGUAAUGGUGUCUGUUAAACAACACAGUGCCACUGAACAGUUACUGCCUACCUCUCCAACAAUGGACAGUGUAUACAAACAAUCUUCUGUUGUUAAAGAAGCCACUAACUCUUCAGCUGUAACUGAUGCCACUAACAGAAAUACCCAGACUGUGUGUGUCAUCAACAAACCACCAGCCUCUGGGCUCAAAUCAACAUUCCCAGUUACUAAUGCAGCUUGUAAGUCUCUUUCUCCAACAACUGAUACCACUCACAAAUCCUCAGAGCAAACAACCCCAAUUAGCCAUGGCUAUAAGCGCUCCUCGUCAUCCAGUGAUGGAAUUAGCAGGACAUCUGUUGGUGGGGAUGAAGGGAAGCCACAUAGUCCCCCCCCAAGGGAUGUGAAGCAGCCUUUUCCCUCAGCUGGUGGCUCUCAGAAUGCCAACAGGGCCAAAUACUCUGAAAAAGCCAAGAGUAAUGACAGUGUAGAACACAGUCCUACCAGGGACAAGCCACCCAGUCAGACCUCAUCACUGGACUCCAAGGGGGUGGGCAUGGUACGAGCGGAAUUGGUAGUUGUUCAGAAUGCAUCUUCAGAAAGUGAGGAGAGUGAAGAUGAAAAUGUUGAAGAUAAUGUGUUUGAGGAGCAAAAGGUGCAAAGUCCCAAAUAUCUACCAACAGGCCUGCAAAGAACCUUUCCACCAGAAAAACAGAACAGUGAUCCUGCUCAUGAGCUCAAACUGAGAGAUGCUGCAAAAGUGACACAAAGGUUUGCAGAAACUGUGGGUGAGGGUAGAGUCCUGGAGGACAACAGGCAGUUUGGGUUGAAAGAGGAGAGAAAUGAAGAGAGUUUACUUGAGAGUCAAGAUGGUGCUGCUAAUCGUGAGGAACAUGAUGAGGCAGCAGAGGAGGAAAGUGAGCUGGAGGAGCAGGUGAGCCAGAGCACCCUGGAUAGAGCCUCUACAGUAAUGUACGGUAUUGAGAACGCAGCAUUUGUGGAUGACAGGGAUGUGGACCAGGUCCUCAGGGAAGAAGAAGAAGAGGAGGAGGAGGAAGAAGAACAGGAUCAAAUGUAUAGGGAGUAUGAUGACUGUUAUGAAGUACCUGGUCUGUCAGACGAGGAGGAGCCUCCCACAAAGAGGAAAAUCAAGUUCUCCACAGACCCCAUUGUGGUCUUUAGUACCUUCUCAAAUGAGGAAUAUGAUCGGCGAAACGAUGAUGUGGACCCAGUUGCAGCAUCUGCAGAGUAUGAGCUGGAGAAGAGAGUGGAGAAGAUGGAUGUGUUCCCCGUGGAGAUUGAGAAAGGAGACAAUGGGCUUGGUAUCAGUAUCAUAGGAAUGGGAGUGGGAGCUGACCAGGGUCUGGAAAAGCUUGGCAUUUUUGUGAAAACCAUAACAGAGCGAGGAGCAGCUGAAAAAGAUGGGCACAUACAGGUAAAUGACCAAAUAGUGGAGGUGGAUGGUAUCAGUCUGGUGGGCGUCACCCAGCUGUUUGCUGCUACAGUCCUGAAGAACACCAAAGGCACUGUGAGAUUUCUGAUUGGACGAGAGAAGCCAGGGACACAAAGCGAAGUAGCCCGCCUCAUAAGCGAGACACUAGAGCAGGAGAAGAACCAGCAGCAGCAGCAACACCUUGACGACCCCUAUGAACACUCCACAGAGGAGGAGGAGCACUAUGAGGAGGAGGAGGAUGGAGCUGAUGAGGGAAUUCUGGGCUCCAAUUUCUCUCCAGGGCGGAAUGUAGAGGUGUUUGAGCUGCCUGAUUCAGAGGCCUUGUUUACGCCAAGCAACAUGGACAACUCUCAGGUGGCCUUCAGGUUCAAAGAGCUGCAGUUUAAACACAGCAUUGCCACAGCUGAAAUAAACCAACUAAGGGAUAAGCUAAGGGCAUCGGAGGAGGACAAGUCAUUGUGGGAAGCCAGGGAGUCGGUGCUGGAACAAAAGAUCGAGGAUAACAACAAUAAAAUCCUGAAGUUGGAGAGUUACUGGCUGGAAGCCCAGGCUCUGUCUAAGACAGUGAAUCAACAAUUAACUGAGAUUCAGACCCAGUAUGAGACCCUAGACAAGAAGUACAACAAGGCCAAGAAGCUACUCAAGGACUACCAGCAGAAAGAGAUAGACUUUGUGAAGAAAGAGGAGGAGCUGAAAAAAUGUCUGGAUGAAAAAGACAAGUGGUACAAGGAACAUCUGGAGAGUCUUCAGAACAGGAUAGCUGUCCUGGAGUCCAGAGAGGCCUCAGGACGGAGUCGUCAGAACUCUGCUACAGAGGAGAGAAUCAGCAGCCAAGGCUCAUUCACCAACACACAAUCUGUUGACUCACUGCUAGAACAAGACUGGAGUGAGCUGGUCCCUGAGACGGAGCGCUUGGACACCAGUGCACAUAGAGCGAAAGGCCUGUUGGCUCAGAAAGCCAAACGUCAACCUCCAUCUCGGAACAAAUUGAAGGAGAACCUCACUGUGGCUUCAAGACACUCUCAGGAAACUGAAGAAGAGGAUGAGCAGGAGGAGCAGGAAUCUCCCAGGAAGAGGAGGUCUAUCCAAGAGAGCCUGUCCCUCCCAGUGCCUGUCUACUAUCUUGGGACUGGACAGAAAGCUGAUCCAGGCAAAACCAGAGAUGGAUCCAGGAGUAAGGGAGAGCUCUCCAGCAGCCCCCCUUUGUCACCGUCACAGGGAGAAAGUAUUGAAAGUGGUGGAAGUCCAUCGUCUCCUCCAAAAGAUGACUCCUCACCACAUUCCCCCUCUGGAUUCAUGCGCAAUGUCAAGAAGAGGGAGUCCAAAAGCAAGGGUAAAGGGGCCAAAGAGGAGUUAAAUGAGCCUUCAUCAGCCGACUUUGGAGGCCUCCGGAAGUCAGGUGGCAAAGGAAAGAAACAUGACAAGGAUGGGACAAGAUCAUCUUUGGACAGCAGGGGGUCUGCUGAGUUACUGGAGGAGUCUGGAGGGAACCUGUCUCCAGCAGACUCAAUGACCUCUAUCCCUACCUGUAUGCCCUUCUCCUGGUUUGGGGACAAGGAGAAGGACAGGGACAGGGAGCCCUCCUCUUCCAGCAGCAGCCUGCCAUAUACCGUGGCUGACACCAGCAAUGAACAAAGUCAGGAUCGCAAGAAUAAGAGUUUUUCAGUCAUAGAUGAUUGUAAUGCUGCCAGUCCCUGUUCAGACACCUCUGGGUUAGUUGCUGAACCCAGUCUGUCUGGGCGCUCGCACACUUUAUUCUUCUCUUCCAGCGAGACUUUGGAUGAUGAACCAGUAGCUACAGUCAAAGAGUAUCAGUGGCAGAACCGGCCUGUCUCUGAAUGGACCAAUCAACAGGUGUGUCACUGGCUGAUGGGCAUGAAUAUGGACCAAUAUACACCUGAAUUCACAGCAAAGGGAGUUGAUGGCCAGCAGCUCUUGCAUUUGGACAGUGACAAGUUGAAGGCACUAGGUGUGUUCGCUCAGAGCGAUCGUUCAACGAUCAAGAAAAAGCUGAAAGACCUGCGCAAAGCCCAGCAGAAGAUCGAGAAACAGAGAGAGAAAAGUGAGGAGGCUCGACGCAGUGGAAGACUGCCAGUCAGUACUGACUCUGUGUGCUGAGGUAGUAACUCUACUCUGAACUCAUGUAGCUCAUAAAAUUCAUCACCAUGCAGAA